GCGUGCACGGAAGACCUGUCGCCGCCGUCUCAUACCUGAAAAGAAAGUGGUAAACCGGUGGGGGGAAGAAAUAGUGGGUGACCCGUUGACCCGCUGCGGGUAUAGUAUCGUUUAGCGACCGCCGCCGCAGACAGAACGGGAUCGACUGCGUGUUGGACGUGUUUUUUUUUGUAUCGUUGUUGUUAUUAUUAUUGUUGUUGUUGUUAUUGUUGUGCUCGUUGUUGGUGUAUUCACAUCAUAAUCGUCACCUUACCGUCGUCGUAUUAUUAUCGUCGCCGUCCACGUGCCGUCGUCGUGUGCAUAAUAACGUAGUCAUACCAAACGCCGUAUACGCACGAGUCGUGAUGGAACACCGUCGUCGUCCAGCUAGUACGUGGUGGUGCGCUUUGGCCGCAAUGGCGUGCACCGUCGCAGCGUGUUCGGGCGCCAACGUACCGCCGUCGUCUACCGUUACGGACCUGUUGUGGACCGGACUGGAAGGCGUUAUCCAGCAGAGGAGCGGGUUAAAAGCCGAGGCGAAACAAGUGCCGGAAAAACGAUGCGAGUGCCAAAGCCCGGAGCUCAAGUCGUGCGUGUGCUGCCUGAGGAUGAGUCUGCCGUUCCUGGACUUGACCACGUCUCCGGGCUGUGUCAAGUUCAAGUACGUGCCGGACAUCGAGUCGAUAGCCGUGAACGUGACUUACGGAAAAGGCAACGUCCAAAACGGUGUCAUCAAGGGAAAUAACCCAGAACCCGUGUGCAUGGACGUGCUGGUCGGAUUCGGUCAACUGUGCGCUCGAUUCGUGGGUAACUCGUCUACACCAAAAGACUUUGACGGUUGUCUAAAGUUAGAAGCUACCUUAUUAAAUGAAGUGCAGAACUCCAUUCCCAUGGGAUGCUUUAAAAUGGACCAAAAUCGAUUAAUCUUCAACUCUACAGUAGUCGAUGUGCCGGAAGAGCAGUCCAGCAACAGUACGGAAUCUGGUGAAGAAGAAGAAGAGGGCGCGGAAGAGGGUGAGGAAGAAGGUGUAGACCCCAACGAAGAGGCGCUCAUACAGGCGUUUGAACAGACGGCCGUGCAGGGCGUCACUUGGCUGGUGCACGCCAUGGGACUGAACUUGAACCAGUCGACAAACGCCGGAACCACCGCUGCCUCGAACGCACCGACUGGCCAACAACCACCCACGCCCGCGAACGUUUGAUUAUAAAAUAUGACACCAAACUGACAUAUUAUUAUUGUUUAUCAUUUUGCUUUUAGGGGUCGUGCCUAUGAGACCUCGUCAUCCCAACGCCCACAAACCUAUAUUUAUUUGUAUUAUUAUUAUUUUUAUUUUUUAUUAUUAUUAUUAUUAUUAUUACUAUAUAUUUGGUAGUUUUUGCGCGUCCCACAUCAUUGCUUUCAAUCGUAUAAUAAUGGUAAUAUAUGCUAUCUCAGGAUUAUAUUAACAUAAUAAUAUUAUUUGAAUGCAUAUAUAAAUGAGGACGAACAAAUAUCACAUUUCGCAACAACGGUUUCCUAUGAGCUUUAAUUUUAUGUUUUUAGGUGUACUAUUAAAUUAUUUGUUUACGGUAUAUAAUAUAUUAUAUGAUGCUAAUUUAUUACAAUAUUAUGUUUUACUUGAAAUGAUUAUAUUUCAGUAAACAGUAUUAUAAGGUUAUAAAUAAACGAUUAAAAUGUAAUC